UGGAGCCGCAGGGUGGCCAGAGAAGGGGGCGCGGACAGGCGCACGCACCAUGCCGCUGCAGGACGACACCCUCCGAGAGGUGUGGGCCUCGGACAGCGGACAUGAGGAGGAAGGCCAGAGCCCGGAGGUCCAGCGGCGCCCCAAGCAGGGAUCAGCCAAGGGGCAGAAGUUAAGGAAGAAGAGGACGGAGGCCCCCGAGUCCCCCUGCCCUAAGGGAGCCAAGCCCCGGAGACCUGGAGGCGGGCGGGGGGCCGAGCCCGGGGGCGCCCCCCAGGCCGUGCGGAGGGGGAAGCCGGGGGAGGAGUUGGCCUCGCAGCCGCCGGAGGCCCGGCCGCCGCACACCGUCUACGCCAAGUUCCUCAGGGACCCCGAGGCCAAGCGCGACCCGCGGGAAACCUUCCUGGUAGCGCGAGCCCCGGACGCAGUGGACGAGGAUGAGGAAGCGGAAGAGGAGGAAAAGAAAGAGAAAAUCCCUCUGCCCCCCAAGAAGCCUCCUAGAGAGAAGACUUCUGCCGGCAUCAAGGAGCGGAGGGCCAAGGCCCAGGGUCAGAAGGGGGACACGGGAAGCCCUGUCCCCCCAGCCAAACCUCUGCGCAUUAAGAAGAAGGAGGCACCAGCGGGGGAGGGGCCCAAGCUGAGAAAGACGAAGAAGAAAGGGUCUGGGGAGGCUGACGAGGACCCCUCAGGGAGCCCAGCUAGGGUGAGAAAGAAGACUCCAGCAGCCAUGUUUCUGGUUGGGGAAGAAGGCCCCACUGAGAAAGCUCCGAAGAAGAAAGGCACUUCCAAAGGCCCAGAAGAGGAGAGGAAGGAGGACGAGGAAGAGGAGGAAGAAGUGGCAGCCGUGGUGACAAAGAACAGCAAUCAGAAGGGCAAAGCGAAAGGAAAAGGCAAAAAGCAGACCCAGCAGACCAGCAGACCCAGAGAGGCUCACACAGCGGCCACACGAAGAGACACCCAUGCUCUGUACCAGAGAGGUAGAACGCACAGGCAGAUUGUGUUCGCUGAUUGUAAAGCGAAGGAGGAGAGAGCCCCAUCCCCACCUGUGGAAGUGGAUGAACCCCAGGAGUUUGUGCUCCGCCCUGCCCCCCAGGGCCGGACAGUCCGCUGCAGGCUGACCCGGGACAAGAAGGGCAUGGAUCGGGGCCUGUAUCCCUCCUACUUCCUGCAUCUGGACACAGAGAAGAAGGUGUUCCUCCUGGCUGGCAGGAAGCGGAAACGUAGCAAGACGGCCAAUUACCUCAUCUCCAGCGACCCCACCAAUCUCUCCCGAGGAGGGGAGAAUUUCAUUGGGAAGCUGAGGUCCAAUCUCCUGGGCAACCGCUUUACCGUCUUUGACAACGGGCAGAACCCGCACCGUGCAGGAGGGAGCACUGAUGUGGGGAGCCUUCGGCAGGAGCUGGCCGCUGUGAUCUAUGAAACCAACGUCCUGGGCUUCCGAGGUCCCCGGCGCAUGACGGUCAUCAUUCCUGGCAUGAACACGGACAACGAGAGGGUCCCCAUCCGGCCGCGAAAUGCCAGCGAUGGGUUGCUGGUGCGCUGGCAGAACAAGACCCUGGAGAGCCUCAUCGAGCUGCACAACAAGCCACCUGUGUGGAACGAAGACAGCGGCUCCUACACCCUAAACUUCCAAGGCCGAGUCACACAAGCCUCAGUCAAGAACUUCCAGAUUGUCCACGCCGAUGACCGCUCCGGCUGCCCAGCGGGCUCAGGCCCAGAGCCCAGAGCAACCAGCACAAUAGCGUCCAACAGCUGGAAUGCCAGCAGCAGCCCCGGGGAGGCCCGGGAGGAUGGGCCCGAGGGCCUGGACAAGGGGCUGGACAACGACGCGGAGGGCGUGUGGAGCCCCGACAUUGAGCAGAGCUUCCAGGAGGCCCUGGCCAUCUACCCGCCGUGCGGCCGCCGCAAGAUCAUCCUGUCGGACGAGGGCAAGAUGUACGGUCGAAAUGAGUUGAUUGCACGUUACAUUAAAUUGAGGACCGGGAAAACUCGGACGAGAAAACAGGUGUCCAGCCACAUACAGGUUCUAGCUCGGAAGAAGGUGCGGGAGUACCAGGUUGGCAUCAAGGUCUCUAGCCACUUGCAGGUUCUAGCCAGGCGGAAAUCUCGAGAGAUUCAGUCCAAGCUGAAGGCCAUGAACCUGGACCAGGUCUCCAAGGACAAAGCCCUCCAGAGCAUGGCCUCCAUGUCGUCCGCCCAGAUCGUCUCCGCCAGCGUCCUCCAGAACAAGUUCAGCCCGCCCUCCCCUCUGCCCCAAGCCGUCUUCUCCACUUCCUCGCGGUUCUGGAGCAGCCCCCCUCUCCUGGGACAGCAGCCUGGACCCUCUCAGGACAUCAAGCCCUUUGCACAGCCAGCCUACCCCAUCCAGCCACCCCUGCCGCCAGCGCUCAGCAGUUACGAGCCCCUGACCCCGCUCCCCCCAGCUGCUGCCUCUGUGCCCGUGUGGCAGGACCGCACCAUCGCCUCCUCCCGGCUGCGGCUCCUCGAGUAUUCGGCCUUCAUGGAGGUGCAGCGAGACCCUGACACGUACAGCAAACACCUGUUUGUGCACAUCGGCCAGACGAACCCCGCCUUCUCCGACCCGCCGCUGGAGGCGGUCGACGUGCGUCAGAUCUACGACAAGUUCCCUGAGAAGAAGGGCGGACUGAAGGAGCUCUACGAGAAGGGGCCCCCGAACGCCUUCUUCCUCGUCAAGUUCUGGGCCGACCUCAACAGCACGAUCCAGGAGGGCCCAGGAGCCUUCUAUGGGGUCAGCUCUCAGUACAGCUCCGCCGACAGCAUGACCAUCAGCGUCUCCACCAAGGUGUGCUCCUUCGGCAAGCAGGUGGUGGAGAAGGUAGAGACGGAGUACGCAAGGCUGGAGAACGGGCGCUUCGUGUACCGCAUCCACCGCUCCCCCAUGUGCGAGUACAUGAUCAACUUCAUCCACAAGCUGAAGCACCUGCCCGAGAAGUACAUGAUGAACAGCGUGCUGGAGAACUUCACCAUCCUGCAGGUGGUCACGAGCCGGGACUCCCAGGAGACCCUGCUUGUCAUUGCUUUCGUCUUUGAAGUCUCCACCAGCGAGCACGGGGCCCAGCACCACGUCUACAAGCUCGUCAAAGACUAGGCUAGCCUCGGCCCCCAGCACCAGGAUCCAGGAUGAGCAUCUUUUCCACACACCUGCCUGACCCCCCCCACCCUCCCCCCCGCCGGAGGUCUGGGGUUGAGGACUCAUCCGCCUACUAGGCCUCAGGCCCAGGACCCAGGAGGCCUCCCUACCUACCCCCAGCACACACACUCCCUGCCACUGUUCUGCGCUUUACUUGUGGGAAAAGAGAGGGCGGCUUCGUGGUGGGGCAGCCUGCCCGGGACGCUGAACCAUCACCCAGCUCUGCCCAGCCUCCAGUGAGCGGGAUCCGAUCCCUUUGGGCUCAGGCAUGUGUGGCCGGCAGGGGAGGGUAGAAUGGACAUCGAGGGGGUUAGAGUGCAGAGGCCCCAGGAAGGAGAGUGUUGAGUUGGGGUUAGGGUGAGAAGAAGAGAGAGGGGCCCACACUUUCUUGCACCUGCUGUGUGGCGGGCCUGGUGCUAGGCCCUCUGGGUGCCUCGCCCUAUUCACAGACCGUGCCAGGCCAUCGUGGGUCUUGGUGUCUCAUAUGAUGGGCUGAGACUCUGAGAAGUUGAGGGACCCAUGCGAGGGGGCAGAGUUGGAAUUCUCACCCGGGCUGCCUGUCCCCGGAGCCCAGGUACACUACCUCCCUGGAGUGGGGGCGGGGGGGCAGCCGCAGGGGGUGGGAAAGAGGGUCUGUACUGGGGUCUGGGGCCAGCCAGGUUGGGGGCCUCCUCCCAGGGCAGCAGCUGCUUCUGACCAGGCAGGGAAAGAGGAGCGGCGGGUACUUGGCACCUGUUAGGCGCUCUCUGUCAGCGCACAGUGCAGCCAAGGCCUCUGGAGCCCCUGUGCCGACCUCCUUCUGGGGCCUGAGCCCCUCAGCACCUUCCUGGUGGGCGUAGGCCCCUAGCGGCAGGCUCCAGAAUAGCUCGACGGUCAAGUAGGAAGAUGGAGUCCCAGCCUCUGGGCAGACCAGUGUCCCCGGGGACAAGGGGUGGCAGAAGGAUUUGGUAUUUUCAAAUGCCCAAGCCUUGGGUUUGGUGAGCCCUCGGUGGGCGCCACUCCCUUAUGUUUCUCUCCACCUCCAGUCUCCCAGGCCUGGAGCAGCAGCUCCCCAGACCCAGUUCUGGGACUGAAGGUUAACCCUUCCCCUGCUGCCACUCCCUACACCGAGGCCCCUCAGCCAGCUCGGCCUGUCUGCCAGCCACCUCUGGGCAUUUACGAGUUUCAUAUGAAGUACUGUGCCCCUUCCCUUCCUUACACCGCCCGCCCCUGAGCUUCCUGAAGGUCCUCACAGUUCGCAUAUCGCUCAGGCCACUUCCAAACCCAACCUAGGUUUUAUAAUGUAUAUUAUAUUUUUUUGUGUAUUUUUUAAAUCCAGCUGUGAUGGGUUGUAUCGUAAAUGUGGCAUGGGGCUGGGGCAGGGGUCCUCAAGGCCCGGCUCCUGCUCCAAAAAAAGAAAAAAAAGAAAAAAAAAUUAAAGUUAUUUGUUUGUGGGU